GGAAGAUGUCUGUGCUGGUUAAUAGCUGCCUUAAAUAGUAUAUUUUAAUAUAUUUUUUAAAUUAAUGGAAUAUAUAUCUUCUACUAAAAUAUUACGUACUGCUUGUAGUUGAACCAGUAGAUCAUUUGUUACUACAGAUUCUGGUUGCUGCCCAUAUAAUAAUAUAAACAGGCCUAACAAUAGUAAUUUACCCAGGUGUGGUUCAGUGUAGUUUCCUGAGGUGUAGUCCAGUGUCAUUUACUCAACUGCAGUCCAGUGUAAUUUACUCAACUGUAGUCCAGUGUCAUUUACUCAACUGCAGUCCAGUGUCAUUUACUCAACUGCAGUCCAGUGUCAUUUACUCAACUGUAGUCCAGUGUCAUUUACUCAACUGUAGUCCAGUGUCAUUUACUCAACUGCAGUCCAGUGUCAUUUACUCAACUGCAGUCCAGUGUCAUUUAUUCAGGUGUGCUUCAGUGUAAUUUACUCAACUGUAGUUCAGUGUAAUUUACUCAACUGUAGUCCAGUGUCAUUUACUCAACUGUAGUCCAGUGUCAUUUAUUCAGGUGUGCUUCAGUGUAAUUUACUCAACUGUAGUCCAGUGUCAUUUACUCAACUGCAGUCCAGUGUCAUUUACUCAACUGCAGUCCAGUGUCAUUUACUCAACUGCAGUCCAGUGUCAUUUAUUCAGGUGUGCUUCAGUGUAAUUUACUCAACUGUAGUCCAGUGUCAUUUAUUCAGGUGUGCUUCAGUGUAAUUUACUCAACUGUAGUCCAGUGUCAUUUACUCAACUGCAGUCCAGUGUCAUUUACUCAACUGCAGUCCAGUGUCAUUUACUCAACUGCAGUCCAGUGUCAUUUACUCAACUGUAGUCCAGUGUCAUUUACUCAACUGCAGUCCAGUGUCAUUUACUCAACUGCAGUCCAGUGUCAUUUACUCAACUGCAGUCCAGUGUCAUUUACUCAACUGCAGUCCAGUGUCAUUUACUCAACUGCAGUCCAGUGUCAUUUACUCAACUGUAGUCCAGUGUCAUUUACUCAACUGCAGUCCAGUGUAAUUUACUCAACUGUAGUCCAGUGUCAUUUAUUCAGGUGUGCUUCAGUGUCAUUUACUCAACUGUAGUCCAGUGUCAUUUACUCAACUGCAGUCCAGUGUCAUUUACUCAACUGCAGUCCAGUGUCAUUUACUCAACUGUAGUCCAGUGUAAUUUACUCAACUGCAGUCCAGUGUCAUUUAUUCAGGUGUGCUUCAGUGUAAUGUACCAUUGCUCCACUACAGAGGAUCUUCUAUCAGCUCUUAGUGAAUGAAAACAUUUUGAAUGUAGUUAAUAUCUAAUAUUUCUCAUUAAGAGGUUGAUGUAAGAAUAUUAUAAUAUGGUUUAGCCAGAUUUUAUACUGUUUUACUUGUUUUAAAUAACUGUAUCUGUAAAAAGUGUCUUACUCCAUUCACAGAUUUUACAGAAAUAACGCAGGUAGUUUCGUCUUUGUCUCUGAGAGUUGCAGCGGGUGAUCUGGGAAAUGCCUGUGAGACAUGGUAUCCGGAAAGAGGAGCCACACAGUGCUUGCAGUAGUGAAGAUGAAGAACAGGAACACUGUGGUCAGGAUGAAGAGCUUACGCUCCACAGUCCUUCAGAUGAAUCGAGCUCUUCCAGAACAGGGCUCAGGUACAGCUCCAGUACGAGGAGAAAGAAAAGCUCUGACAGAUCCUGUUCUUCACCAUCAUCUAAAGAGAAGGACAAGUCUAGUGCUGCGCUGCGGCUGUCGAGCCCAUCAGCCACCUGCAAGAAGCUGAUUCAGAAAAGGCCCAAAGGUCACAAUAGAUCUGGUCAUUUCUAUCAGUGGAACAGAACUCGCAGGGUCCCACGCCUGCCCCCUAUCAGGCUGCACCCUCUGGACUUCCCCCGGCAGUGCAUCGCAUCAGCGCAGCAGCAGCACAUCAAGCAGCUGAGCAGCCAGGUGAGGGAUCUGCAGCAGCAGUUGAGCACCGCCUCACAGGAGAACCGGCUGCUGCGUCACUUGCACAGCCGCCACACAGUGGCACUGCAGCGCGUUCAGGACAUGCAGGCCAGCCUGCCUCAGAUGCUUCUCCAGCACAGCGGAGAAGUGCGUGCCCUGCAGGAGCUCCUGCGUAGCGCCAGGACCCGGAACAGCACCCUGUCCCACAGGCUGAGAGGCACAGAGGCGGAGCUCCUGAACACCUGUGAUGCUCUACGGAGGCUGCAGCAGCUCAGCCAGGACCAGAGCCUGGAGGAACGAGAGACACUGACACAGCGUCUUAGCACCCUCUCCACCAGCCUGCAGAUACAAAACCACAGGAUACAGGAUUUGGAAAAGUACCUCACGCUGAGUAAUGCAUCGUUUAAUCGUCAGCUGAGUGCUGAAAGGCGGAAGACUGCGGAAGCUCGAGAGCUGGCCAGACAUCUGGAGGAGGAGAUAAAAAGGCUAACACAAAAACUCAAGGGACGAGAGAAAGAACUGGAGAUUCGCAAUAUCUACUCGCUCAGAUUCCUGAAAGGCCGAAAGGGAGGAACAAAAGAAAGCAAAUCAGUUCAAACAUUCUCUGUAUCUCCUUCACCUGCUGAAGCUCCCACUCGUCCACUGCAGAUAGAGUACCUGCCUGAAGAGCAUUCACCAGCAGAACCUCAGAACCAGCUGAGGAACUAUUGGGAAUUCUAUGCUGGUGAGUGUGCAGACAGUUUUAGGAGAGAAGAAAAAGAAGAAGAGAUGGAGAAUGAAGGAGAGGAAACAACUGGGACAGACACACUGCAGACAGACUGCAGACAGCACAGCUCUGACCACUCAGACUGUGAUGGUCAUGAGGAUGGAAGCGAUGGUGGAACUGAUGGACCCAAGCUGGAGAUUAACACAGAGCAGGAGGAGGUGACCGCUACACCCUCUCAGAGCUCACCUUCGCCUUCGGAGCAGCUCGGCUCAGCAGAUCAGAGCAUCCAGAGGUCAGUUGUUACGCCAUCACCUUCAACAAACAAGUCCCCCAAGAAAAUCAGACGCCACUACGUAUUUAAAGAGACCACCCUGAAUCUGCACUGCGGCAAACCAGCUUAUGAACACAGACACCACAAAGCUAAGAGCUCAUAUGCUCUUCUGGACACCGGCGCUUAUGAGCCUUCAUUCACUCCACCAGCACCAAACAACACCAGCCUGGAGAAGGAGCUGUUUGAGGUCCACGUGGUGGAGGAGAAGCCCGAUGUUAAUGGAGACAUUGGUCCAAAAAGCUCAGAGCAGAACUGAACAGCCUUUCAUCAUCUCCAAAGCAAGCUAAGACAUCCCUCAGAAGAAAUGCUUUCCAUUUAUACUGACCAGUUCUUUUAGCAGUGCACAAACUGACCCCUCUUUGCGAUGAAUUAUACAAAAUAUACAUAAUAAACUAUAACUGCUUUAUAAACAUCAUGUUUGAGCCACUUCCAAUGUUAAACUACUCAGAUAUUUUCAUGUGGCAACCUAAAGGGGAAUUCCACAGAGACAUCUACACUAGCAGUAGAUAAAAGGUUUGGAAACCUGCUUGAAGAGUUUUCUUUCCAUUUUUUGCUGUUUUAAACAGUCAGAAAGCAGCAGUGAUGCUGUAAUAGAUGUAAAUGAAUGUAUGCAGAGCUUCUGCUAUGAGUUUCAAGUCGGUGACUUUGCUGUUUUUUAGUAAAUGUAGGCAACACAUGAAGAGUAUUCUGUGCUAAUUGACCACGCGCUACAGACUAGGUCUACAAAGUAGAAUGAAGGCAUCAAACUAUGAAAUAACAUACAGGGAAUUAAACAGAGACCAAAAAGAGGUUCUACUGUAGGUCCUUCAGUGCCUGUGAAUGUAAAUGAAUGUAAAAAUCAGUAAAUGUAACAGUAAUGAAUACAGGUGACGCUGCAUUUGAAGAGUUCUCUGUAAUGUUAAUGCGCAUAGAUUUAGUUCCGUUUCAUAAAUGUUUAUGUAUCCGCAUCAGCAAAAAUGAACAACCCCAUUUCCUUAAAAGUUGGGAUGCUGCAAAAUGUAAAUAAAUUAAAAUGCAACA